CCCGCAAUUGGCAUAAUGUCUCUGACAUUUGUGCAACCGCAACAGAAAAAGGGUCCUGCCCCUAACCAGGCAACUAUUCAAAAGAUGCUUGACGAGAACAAUCAGCUAAUACAAGCUAUUGUUGACUAUCAGAAUAAAGGGAAAUCUACAGAAUGUUUACAAUUUCAGCAGAUGUUACACAGGAACCUAGUAUACCUUGCCACUCUUGCCGAUUCUAGCCAGAACAUACAGGCACUUUUACCGCCUCCUGGUCAGAUAAACCCAGCAAUGAAUCAACAGCAACAACAGCAGCCUCCUAACUCACAGAUGAACCAGAUGCGACCCCCAGGUCCCAUGCAGAACCAGAUGAAUUCGGCUGGAGGGCCAGGGAGUGGUAACCAAAUGAUGACGCCAAGCAGUGGUGGUAACAUGACCCCGCCGACAAGUCAGGGCAUGUAUCCCCCAGGAUCAGGUGGGUCAGGCCCACAGCAACAGCCAAUGUCAGGGUCUGGAGGCUACCCUCGCCCCCAGAUGGGCCAACAACCCAUGGUAUCCCAGGCUGGUUCUUACAGACAUUCAGACAAGAAAAUUGUCCCACUCGACAAGCCACACCGUCACUCGACUCAAAAAGACAACAACAGUGAUAUCACCAAACAUGGCUUGCCCAAAAUAGAUCAAAUGCCAUCUGGUAUGUCAAACACUCAAAACUACAACAUGCAGCAGCAGGGUGGAUACCCCAACCAACAACAGCCAAUGAUGUCUCAGAAUCAGCCUAUGAUGCCUCAGCAACAGUCCAUGAUGUCACAACAACAACCGAUGAUGUCACAACAACAGCCAAUGAUGUCACAAAAUCAGCCAAUGAUGUCACAACAACAGUCAAUGAUGUCAGGCCAGUCCUCUGGACAGAGUGGUUCAAUGAUGAAUCCUCGGCAGAUGCAAGGAGGCUACAGACGCCCUGGUACAGGCCAGUAUGGACAACAGCAGAACUUCUCUGGACAGCAACAGUACCCCAACCAAAACUCCUACAACCAGGGAAGUCAGGGCCAACAGAAUAUGCCCCAACAAGGUCAAGGUUACAACCAAAACUCCAACAUGCCGCAGUCUCAGUAUCCAGGUUUUCAGGGACAAAAUCCCCAGCAAAGAUUUAACCCUUACAUGCGUAACCAGGGUAACAUGCCUGGAAACCAGAUGUCUGGAGGACCAAUGGUAAGUCAGGGUCAAAGCUCUGGACCAAUGCCUACUCCCAUGCAAGGGCAGAAUCACAUGGGUGGUGGACAAAUGCAUGGUCAGACCAACAUGACAGGUCAGAUGCCACAAGGACAAGGACAAACCCCAAAUCAAAUGCCAAAUCAGAUUUCUGGACAAAAUGCAAUGCCAAGUAGUGGACCAAUGGGAGGGCAGAUGCAGAAUCAAGGACCAAUGCCAUCACAGGGAUCAAUGGGUAACCAAAUGCAAGGCCCAAAUCCCAUGAGUGGCUCAAUGCCAUCCCAGGGUCAGAUGAGUGCACCCAUACAGGGCCCAGGUCCAGCUGGUGGUCAAAUGCAAAGUCAAGGUUCAUUUGGAUACAAUUCACCUCAGUACUGAAAAAAAAUAUUAGACUUUUUUGACAAAAGGUCCUUUAGAUCUGAAACGUAAGGUUUUAACAGUGGACUGUCUUUGAUUUUACUAGACCAGUCUAAAUACAGAAGCAAAGUUUUGAUUUUGAAGAGACCUUUUGUGGAUGGUAGAUAUUCUUGGACAAGUUUGAUAUUGUCUUUUUUUAGUCAUAUAGCCAUGUUUACAAGCAUUUAUCAUUACUUUAGAUUGAUUGUACAUAUUUAUAUUCUAUAUAUAAUCCUAUUGUAUUAUGUUAACUGUCAAAAAAAUUCUGACAAUUGGUUUGGAUAGCACUGUUAUGCUGACCCUGGUUGGUCUUGUCAGUGUGGUAUAUAUCUAUACAAUAUAGAAUAGUGAGAAUCUCAUUAAUGUAAUUUUAUGUAAUGUAACCUGUUACUGAACAAUAAUUAAGGUAUCAUUUGGUUUUUGGUUGUCAAUAUAAUCAUAGAUUGUAAAUAAUAAUGAUUAUGGUUGUUUAGGACAUGUUUACUGGCUUUUCACAGAAUUAGCAUGCUAUAAUCUUUUUGUUAUAAUUUUAACAAUACAUAUAGGUAUAUCCAAAAUUGAAAAGCGCAUAUUUUCCCUUGUAAUCUCUUUGUAUAUAAUUCUUGUUUAGAUCUGAACUUUAUUGGCGCCAUGGUAACAGCACUUUUGAUUGGUGAAACAAUACUUUUCACAGCUAAAGAUUGACAAUUGUUUGUAUAUUACAAUGAUACAAGUAAGGAUAUUAAAUGAUGGACGGGCUGAAGCAGCUGUUGUUUUUCCAGUAAUUUCUUUUCAUUGUAAUUCAUCCUGGUCUGAUCGUAGCUUUUGAAACAAUAAUUUCAUUAUGAAAUAUUUAAACGUUCUUCAAGCAAAAUUUCAACGAAAAACAAUUUUUCAUUCUGUGUUGUAUGGUCUUGAGUUAGGACAAUGUUGUGUACAUAUUGUUGAUAACUUGAGGAUAAUAAUGUGAUUGUGCAGUCAACCUACAGUCUUGGGUGAUCAUUCCAAGAUGGUUCAGUAAUCCCAACUUUUUCUCAAGAAGCUGAGAAACGGAUUGGUUUGUACAGUGUUAGUUGUGUCCUUUGGCAAGAUAACUUACUCUAGUCACUGUUGAUGGCAUGCUAUGGGCCUCUGUGUGUAAGGUAACUCAUCUAAUGAAAGGUUGGUAGGCUGCAAUAGUGUACAUAAAACCCAUUACAAACCUAACAUAUAUCACAUUCUAGCAAUCUCCAUGGAAGUAUUAAAUUUUCAGUGCUGUUCGAACAAUAAAGUUUUGUAUACCAACAGUUGAUUGUUACUUUAUCUUUGACUACUUUCUUAAACAGUUACGAGUAAAGAGAAUACUUUGCGUAUAUAUUUAUCACAAAUAUACGUUAGAAAUACAUUCACCAAAAAAUACAACUUCAUUCAUGAAAAAGGCAUUGUAAAUUUUGAAAUCAGUUGUACUAAUGUUGAUACUGCAACAAUACCGUUUUAUGCAUUAUCACAUUUCUUUUCAUUUCUACAAGACAAUCCUUUAUCUAUCCCCAUCCGUAUGAUCAUGUUUUUAAAAGGACAAUUGGAAAUUCUGGUGAUAUCUGGAAUUGCCAAGUAAACUGAACUGAAGGCCAUUUCACUUGUAUGUGUUUAUAUAAGCUGUAUUCAUAUGUAAACUUUGUAUAACUCGGUGCGUAGAAAAUACCUUUUGUGAAGUACAACUCAUUUGGAUGUUAUAC